ACACUCGGGAGCCUACAAAGGGCGCUCGAUCCAGCCGGUCGAUCGCUCGCUGUUGAGCGCGCCUGGCGGGAGCCCAAGGGAGGUGGCGGAGGGGAGAGAGGAGACCCGCAGCCCCGGAGGGGCGCAAGUAACUUUGCAAGGCGCGGCAUGGCAGCGGCGGCGUCACGUCGGGGCAGGCUGAGGCUCCUCUGCGGACGGGCGGCCAGCAGGCUCUGAGGAGUCCCCUGCCCCGUCGGGGGACUGAAAGGGAGCCGGCAAGCGGGACGCCGCGGACGGGCGCCCCCUCGGUUCCUAGCGGCGCGUGGGUUCCCUCCCUGAAGAGGCAUCCUCCGUCCCUCCUCCGGCCAGGUGGCUGGAGCGGCCGCGACGCCCAUCCGGCGCCCCGAGAGGAGCGGCGACUCGGCCCCUUAGAGGGCGCGCCUUGGCUUUCGGGCAGGGGGGUGCGCUCGCCAGCCGGCGGAAGCCCGCUCUCCCCCCGCCUCCCCGGGCCACCCCAGCCAGGCGGGCGAGCGCCGGGGCACCCAACCUGCGCGGCAUGGAGAGUGCGCACAGCUCGACGGCCGAGGAAGUCCUUCGCCGCUUCGGCGUGCGGGAGAGCUGCGGCCUCAGCGCGGAGCAGGUGCGGCGGCAGCGGGAGAAGUACGGCGCCAACGAACUCCCUGCUGAAGAAGGAAAAUCACUUCUGGAGCUGAUAUUAGAGCAGUUUGAAGAUCUCCUGGUGCGGAUCCUUCUCUUGGCUGCCUUUGUUUCAUUUGUCCUGGCCUGGUUUGAGGAAGGUGAAGAAACGACAACAGCUUUCGUGGAGCCUGUGGUCAUCAUCAUGAUCCUUAUUGCCAACGCCGUGGUGGGAGUAUGGCAGGAGAGGAAUGCAGAAAGUGCAAUUGAAGCCUUAAAGGAAUAUGAACCAGAAAUGGGGAAGGUGAUCAGGGCAGACAGGAACGGCGUUCAACGGAUCCGCGCACGAGACAUUGUCCCAGGAGAUAUUGUAGAGGUGGCAGUUGGUGAUAAAGUGCCUGCUGACAUCCGGAUCAUUGAGAUCAAGUCCACGACGUUACGGGUAGACCAGUCCAUUCUCACUGGAGAAUCCAUUUCUGUCAUCAAACACACAGAUCCCGUUCCUGACCCCAGGGCUGUCAACCAGGAUAAAAAGAACAUGCUUUUUUCCGGUACCAACAUUGCUGCUGGCAAGGCUGUCGGCAUUGUCAUCGCCACGGGGGUGUACACGGAAAUCGGGAAGAUUAGGAACCAGAUGGUUGCCACUGAGCCGGAGAAAACCCCCUUGCAACAGAAGCUGGAUGAGUUUAGCCAGCAGCUGUCGAAAGUCAUCUCUCUGGUCUGCAUUGCCGUCUGGGUCAUCAACAUCAGCCACUUCAGCGACCCCGUCCACGGCGGCUCCUGGUUCCGCGGGGCGAUCUACUACUUCAAGAUUGCCGUCGCCUUGGCCGUGGCUGCAAUCCCCGAGGGGCUCCCCGCAGUCAUUACCACUUGCCUGGCGCUGGGGACCCGUCGGAUGGCCAAAAAGAAUGCCAUUGUGAGGAGUCUCCCUUCCGUGGAAACCCUGGGCUGCACAUCAGUCAUUUGCUCCGACAAGACGGGCACUUUAACAACCAAUCAGAUGUCCGUGUGCAGGAUGUUCAUUGUUGAGAAGAUAGAAGGAAUCCACUGCAGCCUUCACGAGUUCACCAUCACUGGGUCCACAUACACCCCAGAGGGACAAGUCUUGAAGAACGAUAGCCCUGUUCGAUGUGGACAGUUUGAUGGCUUGGUGGAACUUGCCACAAUCUGUGCCCUUUGCAAUGACUCCUCCCUAGAUUACAAUGAGUCCAAGAAAGUCUAUGAAAAAGUGGGCGAAGCCACGGAGACAGCGUUGACGUGCUUGGUGGAGAAGAUGAACGUUUUCGACACGGAUACAAGCAGUGUCUCUAAAGUUGAGAGGGCCAACGCAUGCAAUACAGUAAUCAAACAGCUGAUGAAGAAGGAGUGUACCCUUGAAUUCUCCCGCGACCGCAAGUCCAUGUCCGUCUACUGUACGCCGGUGGCCUCCAGCCGCAACUCUUCCAGCAGCAAGCUCUUUGUCAAGGGAGCCCCAGAGAGUGUCAUCGAGCGCUGCAACUAUAUCCGGGUCGGCAACAACCGGGUGCCCCUGACUCUCUCCACCAAGGAGAAGAUACUCUCCAAAAUCCGGGAAUGGGGCACUGGCAUAGACACGCUGCGCUGCCUGGCACUGGCCACAAGAGACCACCCACCCCGGAAAGAAGACAUGCGUCUGGAUGACUCCAGCCAGUUCAUCAACUAUGAGAUUAACCUGACGUUUGUCGGCUGUGUGGGGAUGCUGGACCCUCCCCGGAAGGAAGUGAUGUCGUCCAUUGAGAUGUGCAAGAAAGCUGGCAUCCGUGUCAUCAUGAUCACCGGAGACAACAAGGGGACCGCUGUGGCCAUCUGCCGGAGGAUUGGGAUCUUCUUGGAAGGCGAGCAGGUGAUGGACAAAGCCUACACGGGCCGAGAAUUUGACGAUCUCUCGCCAGAGGCCCAGAGUGAUGCCUGCCGUUCAGCGCGCUGCUUUGCACGGGUGGAGCCUGCCCAUAAGUCCAAGAUAGUGGAAUACCUACAGUCGUUCAAUGAAAUCACAGCUAUGACCGGGGAUGGCGUGAACGAUGCCCCUGCUUUGAAGAAAGCUGAAAUUGGGAUUGCGAUGGGUUCUGGCACAGCUGUGGCCAAAUCAGCAGCGGAAAUGGUCUUGUCCGAUGACAACUUCUCUACCAUCGUUGCUGCUGUAGAGGAGGGCAGGGCCAUCUACAACAAUAUGAAGCAGUUCAUCCGCUACCUCAUUUCUUCCAACGUUGGAGAAGUUGUCUGCAUCUUCCUGACAGCCAUCCUGGGCCUCCCCGAAGCUUUGAUCCCGGUCCAGCUGCUUUGGGUGAACCUGGUGACUGACGGCCUGCCAGCUACAGCUCUCGGCUUCAAUCCCCCCGACCUUGACAUCAUGGACAAGCUUCCGCGGAACCCCAAAGAGCCACUCAUCAGUGGGUGGUUGUUCUUCCGCUACCUUGCGAUUGGAGUGUAUGUCGGCUUUGCAACCGUGGGUUCAGCAACCUGGUGGUUUUUGUAUGACCCUGAAGGACCACAAGUUACUUUCCACCAGCUGAGGAACUUCAUGCGAUGCACAGAGGACAACCCCAUCUUUGAAGGCAUUGACUGUGUCAUUUUUGAGUCUCGAUACCCGACCACCAUGGCGCUCUCUGUGCUAGUGACGAUUGAGAUGUGCAAUGCGCUUAACAGUGUGUCUGAAAACCAGUCGCUGCUGAGGAUGCCACCCUGGCUCAACAUCUGGCUCUUGGGAGCCAUUGUCGUGUCCAUGGCUCUGCACUUCCUGAUUCUCUCCGUGAAGCCAUUGCCUCUGAUCUUUCAGGUGACGCCGCUAAGCUGGCCUCAAUGGGUGACUGUGCUGAAGAUCUCCUUGCCGGUUAUCCUCCUGGAUGAAGGCCUCAAGUACCUUUCCCGCAAUCAUUUAGAAGGCAAAGAUGCUAAGAAAUGAAUGAUACAAAAAGAUAUUCAAUUUCACCGCAAAUAAACGCUGAGCUCCUGAUUGGGACUGAAGAAUUUGCAUGCUUGAACAUCACCAGAAGGCAACAAGGAACACACAUGCUUUGGAAGUCUCGGACAAUGCGGGUGAAUCAUUGAAAGAAAUGGGGAAAAAACUGAUUUGAUUUUUAGUUUUCUUUUCAACUUUUGUUACGUAGCUUCCCCCGCGCCCCCUGUAAAUAGUGGUGCAAAUAUUGGACAGCUAAAUUAUGGUUUAGGGGGUAGAAUUUGCAAUGUAAUGGAGGCAGGAUAACCCAGAUCCUUAAAUAUUGGCUUCUUAAAAUGUUA